AUGUGCUUACUGUGCGGAAAGGACUACUUUACUGAGGCUGUAUCCCAUGUGUUCUUGUCACCUUUCCAUAGUGGUCUUCCAGUAGUCAUGAUCUCGUUCUUCAUAUUCGGAUUGCCCCUGCUGACAUGUGCAGCAGCCAUUGACAACUUAACAGUAGCCUUUCAAUGGAAGCAGCUGGACUUCGAGUACCCCUCGGACACUAGUAGGCAUCAGGCAAUCGUAUCCAGAGACUUCAUUUCAGAGAACAAUGUGCCAUUGGGUCUGGAAGUCUACGAAGACAGGUUAUUCCUGACGAUACCAAAAUGGAAAGCGGACGGAGUUGCUGCUUCUCUAGCCUACAUCAAAUUGACAGGUGAACAAUAUAAAACAAGCGAUUUUUUUCCUUUUUGGACAUCCAUUUGGGAGUCCCCUGAAUCCAGGGUAUACCCACUAACCUCCACCCCGUUUGUAGACUCGUCUGACUGA